UCCCUUCCUCAAAUUAGCAGAUUGAAAAAAACUUUGCUCUUCAUCAUCUGCACAACAAAAUUUCCCCCAUUUUCUCUUUUUUUCUUUUUCCAAAAAAAAAAAAAAAAAGUCCCCAAAAUUAUUCUUGAUUAAAAAAAAAAAUGCCCUCUCUUGAAGACGAGCUUUUCCCUUCCACCCCCGGAAAAUUCAAGAUCGACAGAAACCACCCCAUGAACCGCCAAUUCCACCGCUGUUUCGCCUCCACCAGCACCAUGUUCUUAUGGGCUCUCUUCUUAAUCGCUUUAACGGCGUCGUAUUUGAGUUUCCAAUCCUUCGUCGAUUCCGGUAGCCGGUAUUUCUCCGCCUCCUGGGGCGGCAUCCAAUGGGAAAAACAAGUCCGUAACUCCGCUCAAUCUCCCCGUCCCAACGGCUAUUCCGUCCUCGUCACCGGCGCUGCGGGUUUCGUCGGUUCACACGUCUCACUCGCUUUAAAGAAACGCGGUGACGGCGUUGUUGGUCUUGACAAUUUCAAUUCUUAUUACGACCCUUCCUUGAAAAAGGCACGCAAAUCGCUUCUUUCCAAUCACGGGAUUUUCCUCGUUGACGGCGAUAUUAACGAUGUUAGAUUAUUGGAUAAACUCUUCGACGUCGUCGUUUUUACUCACGUGAUGCAUUUGGCUGCACAAGCUGGAGUUCGUUACGCUAUGGAAAAUCCUAAUUCUUAUGUUCAUAGCAAUAUCGCCGGUUUAGUUACGCUUCUUGAAGCUUGUAAAUCGGCUAAUCCUCAACCCGCUGUGGUUUGGGCUUCUUCCAGUUCGGUUUAUGGCCUUAAUGAAAAAGUCCCUUUUUCUGAAUCGGACCGGACCGACCAACCCGCUAGUCUUUACGCUGCUACCAAAAAAGCCGGGGAGGAAAUUACUCAUACGUAUAAUCAUAUCUAUGGUCUGUCCAUUACCGGGUUGAGGUUUUUUACGGUGUAUGGACCGUGGGGAAGACCGGAUAUGGCGUAUUUUUCGUUCACGAGGAAUAUUUUACAAGGGAAGCCGAUUACGGUUUUUCGAGGGAAGAACCGGGUGGAUUUGGCGAGGGAUUUUACUUACAUUGAUGAUAUUGUGAAAGGGUGUUUGGGGUCGUUGGAUACGGCGGGGAAGAGUACUGGUUCGGGUGGGAAGAAAACCGGACCGGCGCCUUAUAGGAUAUUCAACUUGGGGAAUACAUCGCCGGUGACGGUGCCGACGUUGGUGAGUAUAUUGGAGAGGCAUUUGAAGGUGAAAGCGAAGAAGAAUGUGGUGGAAAUGCCCGGAAACGGCGACGUUCCGUUUACUCAUGCAAAUAUUAGUUCGGCUCGGAGGGAACUCGGAUAUAAACCGACCACGGAUUUGCAAACCGGGUUGAAGAAGUUUGUUAGAUGGUAUUUAUCGUAUUAUGGCUAUAAUCACGGAAAACCUGUAAAUUAAAAAAAAAUAAAAAAAUUUAUUUUUCUUUUUUCUUUUUCUUUUUUCUUUUUUGAAUUUCUCUCUCUUAAAUUAGGAAUGAGGUGGGUAUUUUUUUAUAUAUAUAUAAUUCGGAGGAAAGAAAAAAGAGGGGAAAAAAAAAAAAGAAGAAUAUUCUUUACUUCGAGGAGGGAUUGCUCUGUUAUUUUCUGUCUCUUUUUUGUAAAGGAAAAGAAAGCUCUUGAAGAUAAUGGCGACCAUUUCGAUUUUUUUUUAAA